AUGGAUAGGACUACAAGUCCCGCGUCCACUUACUGUUCCCAGUUCUCGCCGCUAAGAAGAUCGCAGCGACUUAUUGACAAGGAAAACCGGAAUCUUCAAAAGAUCCCACCCAAAAGUCGUUCUCCCCAAUUAUUUGGGGAAACGGAGGAUGAUUUCGGUGAACUACUUUGCCAGCAGCAGAAGCCUUCGUCAAAAGUUCUGCAUUUAAGGCCCGCGGAGAAAGUUGUGCAUCUGAAAGCCUCAGACAAAGCCGUGUCCCUAAAGCCGGUCAAUAAAAUCCUUCAUUUGAAGCCUUCGGUUAGGAUUAGCCACCCAAAGGCACAGGAUGAAGUCAAGAAGCCAGCGGACAAGACGCUUAAGGAUCAGAAAGAAGUUCCUCGAAAAAAUAAGCAAACGAAGAGGAAACCUGGGCCAAAGCCAAAGGAACCGGCUAAGAAAAAGCUUACAAAACUUCAAUCAACCUUUUCUGACGAUCAUGCAGGCACCUCACCUUCUCCAUCGAAGCUACCUACUCAAUAUCCAGCCCAUUUUGUCCAUCAACUGCCGCCUGUCGAGCCAGCAUCCAGCUUGGUUCCACAUCGUCCGUUUUCGGCUCCGGCCGACCAGCUGCGUGAAUUGUGUGCCACACCGGAGGAGGGAAUGAUCCCAUCGCCAUUGGCCUUCGGAUCCGAAAGCUCCAUGAAUCUCUCGCUGAGCGAUUCCAUUGGCGACAUCUUCGGCACCAAGGACAUAGGCAACAUACUGACGAUGGCACUGCCGCGUCAAUACAUUUUGGUUGACGAGCACUUGCCCGCCGUAGCCACCAUGCUGAAUGUGGAGCUGGAGCGACUGCGUAAUGUCCUGGACAUAACUCUGGCCUUAAGCCACGAACAGCUCCUGACUUUUCCGAUAAAGCAGGAAAGGGAGGACCUGGAGGAUCAGACACAUUAG